AUGGACUGGUCUCGGCUCUCGCAGAUCCACAAUAUCCUUUCAAAAUUCAAUAAGUUGACUCUGUUCGUGUCAGAGAAACCUCAAAUUAGUCUUGCAGUCCUAAUCUACUAUGAACUUCAUGAUUUACUCGAUGAGGCAUCCGAGCGCAAGGAGAGAUUCCAAGAUCUUGACGAAGAUAUAUCAUUGGCUGUGAAGGAAGGUAUGAAGAAGUAUGAAAAGUACUAUACCUUUAUGGAUGCUUCUGAUACAUACUAUACUGCCCUUAUCUUGGAUCCUCGCGCCAAAGGUGAUCUCCUUCUCGACGAACUGGAAGACAAAGCUACUGGAAGGGAGAUCCUUCAAGCUCUCCGUGGUAACCUCCACUGUGAUUAUUCAGUUGCGACUAUGGAAUCAAGCUCAACUACAGGACAAUCCCUAUUAGAGUACAACACUGAGCAUAAUGAUCUCGUUGAUCAGGUCGUUGGAAAUAUCAGUGAUUCCGUCGUCCUCAUCAAAGAGACAACCGAUCGCCGCCUCAUAUUCAAAGGACAGGAUACAUGCGAGUUUUCCAGGCCAGAAGACAUCUGCCUCGGAGGUUCACGGUUCUUGAUCGCCAUGCAAGCCGUGGACAAACACAAUACUGCCGGUGCUUAUGGUUGGUGCGUAGAUAUUAAUAGAAGAGACUGGACCGAUCUUACUCGACUUUGGCGUUGGCCGGUUCCCGAAUAA